AUGACUGAAGGAACUACAGCCCCAGCUCACGAUGAGCAAACUCUAGAGAAAAUCAGAUCUGUGGAAUUACAAAUCAAAAGGUAUUGUAAUUUCAUACCAAUAUCAAAUUGGGGAUUCGAUGAGGAUACAUUAGAUUUCAUGAGGGAAAGAAAACAUAAAAUAGUUGAUGAGAAACUCUCAGAACAAGAGAAGCUUCAUCUAUCUAACUUCAAAAAACAAAAAGUAGCACGAGCAAUGGGCACAGUAUGUUCGACCGUCAGCGAAGUUUUUGAUUUUCUAGGCAAUGAAGGAAGAUCUAAUACACUGCCAAAGAAAGUUAUCUUGAAAAAACCUGAGAAGAAAGAUAAAUCCGGUCCACGAAAGUAUGGCAAAGCUCCCGAACAAUCAGAAGCCACGGCUGAAACUAAAGAAAGUGCUCAUGAUAGCGAGGAGGAGGAAGAAGAAGAAGAGGAGGAACUUCCAACUGAUAAGAAAAAAACAAAAUCGUCUAACACUAGUGAGAAAAAGAAUGGCAAGUCUACCAAUGAUGAGAUUAAGAAAGCAUCAAAGCCAGUUGCUGCCGUCAAGCCAACUCCAAGAAAAGAAAGUUCGCAAGAACAAGACGCCUCAAUGGAGGAGGAGUCUGGCACCAGUCCUGCGCUUGCGCCAGAAAAAUCAUUUGAUGCUGAUAGCGAUUCCACUGACGACGAAACGGAGAUUGAUGUAAAGUCUGGAGGAAAGAAGAGGAAACUACCCGUGAAAACUGACAUAAAUGUAAAAAAAUCAAAAAUUGACAAAGAAUUGGAGAAAUUUGAGAAUGUUGAUAUUUCGACCUUGGACCCUAUUGAAAGCCGUAAGGUUGCUAUGCUCAAACUACAGAAAAAGCUGGAGUUGAUGAAAGUUUCUCGUACGACAACUAAAACGCAUGUCAAAGCCGAUGCUUUGAAGCGAGUAGAAGAGAGAAAAAUGAAGAGACGUAUGAAUAAGCUGAAAGGCAAGCAGAAACGAGCUCAAGAGAAAGGUUCUACAUCUGAAAAAGCUGAUGUUAAACCUAAGGUCGUAGCUCGUAAAGACGAAGAGUUACCCAGAACAGAAGAAGGGAACAUUGUGUAUUCUAAGUUCGAUUUCAUAGUUAAGGACGAUGAAAGAAAGAAACGAUCAACCAAUGCGGAGAAGCGAGAUAAGUUCACUGGAAAGGAUUAUAAAUCUCUUCUUAAUAAGGUUGAAAAACGGGAUGAGAAGUUAGCUAACUUACAUAAGAAUGAACCCGAAAAAGCCAAGGAAAUGGAAGAAAGUAUAAAGUGGAACAGAGUUUUAAAGAAAGCCGAAGGUGUGAAAGUGAAAGAUAAUGCUGAAUUGCUGAAGAAAGGAUUGAAACGCAAGGAAAAAUUGAAGCAGAAGAAGCUGGAUAAAUGGGAUAGUAGGGUCGAGAAAGUCAAAACCGAUAAAUCUGCUAAACAAGACAAGCGUACCACAAACCUCCAGAAGAGAGUGGACGAUAAGAAAAAGAAAAAGUUGCAAAAAAUGCGUAAGAAGGGCAGAAUUCUAUAA